GGGGCUGGCUCCCUUCCUCCUCCUCUUUUUGAGCUGUCUUUGCCCCGCACCCGCACCCGAUCUCUCGGCACGCCUCGACCUCAUGAGAGAUCAAAGUCGAGUCGCGCUGCAUGGAUACAUAAGCACCCACGUCACAGACAAUUCAUCUUAUAGCUAGCUGGCCUUGCGUAGUGCUGUUUACCACCAUCCCACAUCACUCGUCCGCUCGGCUGUUCGACCGUAGAGACGUGUUGGGAGAGCCCCCCCAUCGAGUGCGCAUUGCUUUUCCCACAGACCGCUAGAGCAGUAGCUCUUCGCACCCCCUCUCCUCCUGCCUCUUUGCCACCCGCGACCUCGAUUGCUGCAAGAUGGCAGCGGGAUCGUCUAGCGACGCGUCGUCGUCACAAGUCGCACCUAGCCAGAGCAAGGAGAUGAAGGACCCCAACGACACCAAGAAAACCGUCGUCGAAACCGUCGUCGAUGCUGCCGUCACCACUCCCGAUUCGGAAGAGACGCAGACGCAAGCGGAAAAGAGGGGAGAGCAGCAGCAGCAGCAAGAAGAAGAAGAAGAGCCAGAGGAGCCCAUCGAGCACCGCACGAGGAGCGGCAAGUUUAUGGGCAAGUUUGCGCCGGAUGGUAGACGCGUGUUGACGGAUGAAGAUGAAGGUGCGGACAAGGUGCUGGGCGUGAGUUUCCCAGAGUGGAAAAAGUGGUGGAUCAUCACCGUCAUCUUUAUGGUGCAGCUGUCCAUGAACUUCAAUACGGGCGUCUACCAAAACGGUGUGGGCAAGUUUCCCGAAGAGUGGGGCUUGUCCGAACAAGGCGCGCGCGUAGGAGCUGCCGUCUUUUUGAUCGCAUACGCUUUCGGAUCUCAACUCUGGGCUCCCUGGUCCGAAGAGCUUGGAAGGAGAAUCGUCAUGCAGAUCUCUCUAGGUCUGGUCAACAUCUUUCAACUUCCCUGCGCCCUAGCGCCCAACUACGGAUCCGUCGUCGUUGCAAGGGUCUUUGGAGGUCUGUUCAGCGCUGGAGGCAGCGUCACGUUGGGAAUGGUGGCGGACAUGUGGGAAGCGGAGAACCAGGCGUAUCCCAUCGCCUACGUCGUCUUUUCAAGCGUCGGCGGCUCUUCGCUCGGCCCUCUCAUCGGUCCCUUUGCCGAGGCGUAUCUCUCUUGGCACUGGAUCUUUUGGCUGCAACUCAUCUUUGGUGGCUUCGUCCAAGCCGUGCACUUCUUCACAGUGCCCGAGACCCGCUCUUCCGUCCUGCUGGAUCGCGAAGCCAAACGGCGGCGCAAGGAGGAGGGCCAGGAGAUUUGGGGUCCAAACGAGGUCCGCGGCAGGCGCUUCACCGUCAGAGGUAUCCUGACCACCUGGUUGAGACCUUUCGAAAUGCUCUUCACCGAGCCAAUCGUGCUUUGCUGCUCCCUGCUCAGCGGCUUCUCCGACUCUCUCGUCUUCGUCUUCAUCGAGUCUUUCAAGCUGGUGUACGAGCAAUGGGGCUUCAUGGCACCGCGCACCGCUCUCACCUUUGUGCCCAUCUGGAUCGGCUACAUGAUCUGCUGGGCUUCCAUGAUCAUCCCCAUCGAGCGUUUCAAGAGAAAGGCCAAGCGCGAUCCUGACAGCGUCACUCCGGAAUCUAGACUCUGGUGGCUGCUCUUUACAGCUCCUCUGGAGCCCAUCGGUCUCUUUAUCUACGCUUGGACCUCUUUCGGACCAGAUCACGGGCCCGGCAUUCCCGUAUACGCUCCCAUGGUAGGCUCGGUGCUCGUAGCCAUCGCCAACUACGCCAUCUACAUGGCCACCAUCGACUACAUGGUCGCAGCUUACGGACCCUACUCUUCAUCGGCUACCGGUGGCAAUGCCUUUGCGCGUAAUGGCCUCGCAGGCGUGGCGACGAUGUACGCCAUCCCUCUCUACAGCAACCUUGGUUACCAGUGGGCGAGCACCUUUUUGGCUCUCGUCGGCAUCUUUGUCGUCAUUCCCAUCUUCGUAUUCUACUUCAAGGGAGCCUACGUGCGCAGCAAGUCCAAGUUUGCAAACAGUCUGUCGGACGAGAGGAAGGCUAGAGGAGGUCAUCGUGUGGUCGAGGAUGAAGGGGAGAACGAGUAUGGCGAUAUCGAGGGUCUGCAUCAUAGACGAACACAUGCAGAGAAGAGAAACACGUCGGCGCCGGAUGUGCAAGACGAGAAGUCGGCAACUGUGGCGUGAGCACCGCCCCCCGACUCCCUGCAUUAUCAUUUCCUUGUUCAUAUCUUUGCGCUCGGUGUCAGCACGCCCUUUGUACCCAUACGAUUCUCUGGUGAAUGCACAGUGUCUCCAUCGUUUUUUUUUGGGAAUUGAAGCACACCGCGGCAAAUCGUGCUGCUUUCCAGUCCG